AUGGUUCAUCUUUUGAAGGAAAAGAUGUUGGGAAAGCCAGUCAGUGGUGUUCAGCUUGUAAAGCUCACCACAGUGGACCAUGUUUGGAGAAAACUAGAAGAUGCGAUAGGUGUGAAAGAUGAUACUCCAAAAGCCAAAGCUAGUGCAUAUCAGAUGAUUUCCGUGGAGGACGAGCUUGAUGACGAGGGGGCAAUAGGUGCAUUAGAUGGGACGCUUGUGCAUGCAAUUGUGCCUGCGAGUGAACAAACUGCAUAUCGAGGAAGAGGAGGAGGUCGGUGCUAUCAAAAUGUGCUAGGAGUUUUUGAUUUUAACAUGAUAAUCACAUUUGUUUGGGCUGGAUGGGAAGGCAUUGCACAUGAUUCUAGAGUAUUAACGGAAGUUGUGUAUAACCCGAGUUCCGGCUUUCCGUUUCCUCAACCAAAUGAAUAUUAUCUUUGUGAUGCCGCAUAUGCAAAUACUCGAGGAUUUUUGGCCCCUUACCGCAAUACAAGGUAUUGGUUAGCUGAUUUUAGACGCCGACGUCCUUUAACUGAAGAGGAAAAGUUCAAUCAUGCACAUGCACAUGCACAUACACAUGCACAACUAAGAAACGUCAUUGAACGGGCUUAUGGUGUGUUGAAGGAAAGAUUCCCUAUCCUUGAACAAAUGGCUCCUUAUAAAUUUUCAACACAAAGAAACGUGGUGAUUGCUUGCUUUGCUAUUAAUAAUUUUAUUCGAAAAUAUAAGAUUCAAGAUGAAUUGUUUUUGGAGUCCGACGAACAUACUUCAGUUAACAACGCAGCACAACCCGUUGAGAAUGCAGAAGAAGGUAUGGGCGGAACACAAUGGGGCUCUCAAAGCACACAAUAUAUGACUAAUUUUCGUGAUGAAAUUGCUAACCAAAUAGUUACGAAUACUUCAAUUUGA